CUUCUUUUUCUCAGUGGGGUUAAAUACUUUUUUCUAAUAUUGACGCAUUCAUAUAUUUUUGCUUUAAUUUAUAGUGCAGUGAAUAAAAAACUCCUUGAAUAACUUUCAAUCUCAUUGGAUUAUCCUGUAUCUUAAUGAGCGACGCAUAAACGAAAGAUAAUUAUCCUAUUGAAUGAUCAGAAAAAACCAUCGUAUAAGAAAAAGGCGCAUAAAAGAGGUGGUGCAUAAGCAAGAGAAUGAAAGAUGGCAUCUGAGUUAGAAGCUGCUUUGCCACCAAUUACAACUGUUGGCCGUCAGCCGGUUAAUUAUGGUCAUCCACCUUCUGCGAGGUAUGGAAAAUUAUCGGAAAAGAUUCGUAGAACAGCUCCUGGUGAGUUUCAGUGUCAAGUGUUUUGUGGCGGUAAAAGAUGUAAAUAUGACAGCGCUACAUGGCAUAAAGAAGAUAUGGCAGUUAACGGCAUAUACUCACAUUGGAUAACGAAUGAUAUUUUAGCGAUGGCAAGACCAAAUACAGAAGCAAUAGAAAAAUAUAAUGUGAUUCAGCAAUUCAAAGAUAAAGGAAUAUCUUCUAUUAUUAAUCUCCAAAUGCCUGGGGAACAUCCAUACUGUGGAAAUUCUUUAGAUUCCUCUGGAUUUUCUUACAAUCCUCAAUUAUUCAUGGAUCACGAUAUUUUCUUCUACAAUUUCCGGUGGAAAGACUAUGGCAUAGCUUCUGAAACUAAUAUACUAGACAUGGUGAAAGUAAUGGCAUUUGCUCUCACCGAAGGAAAGGUUGCAGUACACUGUCAUGCAGGACUUGGACGAACUGGAGUAUUGAUAGCUUGUUAUUUAGUAUAUUCUUUAAGAUGUAAGCCAAAUGAUGCAAUCCGAUAUAUAAGGAUCAAAAGACCAUGUGCAAUUCAAACGAGAAGUCAAAUUGCUUGUGUGCAACAGUUUGCUCAAUUUAUCUUGCCCCUAUUCAUCGUCUUCACAAAUGUUAUAUCAAAAGGCACACCAUUUACUUUGAAUCAGCAUUUAGCGAGACAGAAACGGAUAGUGCAUGGACUUGAAGCUCGGCAGUUAAAAUUCAUUCCAAAAAUGUUAUACGUUGUUUGUGAACGUCUUUUGCAAUUGGCUAACUGCAACCUGCCAAUAUUACAGCAAAUAUGCUACGACUUGGAUAGUCCAGUGAGUUUUUGCAAUUAUUUCAUAUCAGCUACAUCAAGCAGUGAUUCUCAUUGGAGGCCCUCUUCUAGUCUUACUUUAAUGGAAUUAGACUGUUCAUCAGGAGAUGUAACAGAUGGAAGCCAAGAUUUGAAACCUUUAGAAUUAGGAAAAGGUCCCCCAAGUCGAGGAGCUGCUUACUAUCUAGACACUUGUGAUUCAAGAUGUGAUCAAAAUUCGAGUGAUUAUGCUUCUACGCCUGAUCUUCAAAAUCGCUUACCACCAGAUGGACGCAGUACUGGUAGUUUAUCUGCUGAAAGACGAAUGUACCAAGAUGAAUAUCUUGAUGAUUAUAAUGAUUACGGAGAUGAUGAUUUUGAAACUAGUGAUGAAAGUAUCGAUUCUAUGCUUAUGGAAGGUCAUCCAGCCAUGUAUCUUGCCAAUAAUACUUGCUACCAAGAACUUAAUAACCAUAUGGAAAUCAGUUCCAAUGAUGGUUCCAGCACAAAUGAUGGGGAAACGUUAUUGAUGGAAGAUCGAGUUACCCCAACAGAUCUCAUUAAAGCUCUCAUGAGUGACCAUUUACUUCAAGGAAAUGACUUUCAAAACAAAAUCAAAUCUAUACAGAAGGAACUAAAUAAUCGUUCAUCUGCAUGGGAGAGAUUGAAACGUGAAAAAGAUAUUAGACUUUUGACAGCUCUCAUGUGGAGUUACAUGGAACACUUAAAAGAACCAAUUUUAUCCAAGCAAGAUUUAACAUACAUUGUUUUAAGAGCUGAAAAACCUGUGAAUGCUUUAGUAAGAUUGGAUAAAGGUACAAGGUACACAACGGAAUAUUUAAUCCGUUUUAUCGCCCGCUUACUGCCAAAUUCAGGUAACAUUGUUGAUGAUCUUUUAAGAAGACUGGUGGCAUCUCUUACCCAUCAGAGUAUUGCAAUUAAAGGAGCUUUAUGUCCCGUGGGAUCAAAAUGGCCCAAAAUGCGAGAAGGAACAACAAGGCAUAUGAUGAUGUUUGUUCAAGGACUUUAUGAUAUUGUUACAGGAAAUAAGAAUUCAACAAAAGAAGAAACUCUUACUAGUAAUACUCGAUCAGUCAUAAAUGGUAACAAAUUCAGCAGAGUUGCGGGUAGGGCUUACUUAGGAUUGAAUCUAAUGGUAAAAGCCAUUGGAAAGCCAACCACGCAUUGACAGUUCAAACAGUAUAAAUCACAAUUUUUCGAAGAAUGCUUCUACGAUUAAAAGAAUUCUUCCAAAUAUUUCAGGAAUAAUGGAUACAAAUUAUGCACAGAUUGGAAUAAUUUUAUACUACAAAUUUAGUUUUCUUAAUGAUAUAAUCAGCGGUUCCCAAAACGUUUACCUCUGAUCUUUAUGACCUUUUUGACCCACGAGCGAUUCCACGAAAUCAGAAAUGGAAAAACAUUUAACACACUUAUUUUGCUUUCACUUUAAUCAACGUUAAUUCAAAGUAUACAUUUUUUUGGACAAGAAUUAAAUAAAUAAAAUUAUUGUGCCCAUAAACACAAUAAUGAGACAAAAAGAAUAAAAGAAAAGAGAUUAACGAACAAAAUUUUUAAAAAAUAAGAAAAAAAUAAUAAGUUUUAUUUACUGCGCUUAAGCAGUAAGUAUAAAAGACCCAUAAAAUAAUUAAAAAUACAGAGAAAAAA